AUGAUAUCUCACCUUAGUCUGUCCGUUGUCGGUGAUCUGCUGGCGGUGACAGAGGGUCUUAAGGAAGAGGGAAGAGGGAAGAGGGAAGGUGGAAGAGAGAGUAGGGUGUAUAGUCCUUCAUACAAUCUAGCCGAACGUCUGGUUAGGGAGGAGGAUGACGAAAAGGUAGGACGAGUGGAGGAAGAUCAAGACUAUAUACCCGCUAGCGACCGUCAUGGGAUAGUAGAUAGCACGGAUAGCACUGAGAGCAAGCCUCGUUUGUCAGGAUUCAUGCUUAUGUACGAAGCACAGGUCAUAUGGCCUCCAAACAGGUCAGGUGAGGCCAUACUGGCCCGUUCUAGGACAUCCGGCCUUACAAUAAUCGUCUAG